AUGCAGAACCACAGUCACCCCCGAGAAGCCCUUAUUGGAGCAGUUGGAUUUGCCCGGCAUACGAGGAGAAAAGAGGUUGAAGUGUGUAUGACAAGUCUACACGAGAUUGACAAACGGAUCGAUGAGCUGAAGGGCCCAGAUAGUCCUGACCAUCCUGAGAUUGAAGAAAUCCGAAAACAGCUUCCUAAGCAAUACUGGGAAUAUGCUGAUGUUUUCCAAAAGUCCAAAUCAGAUGAGCUCCCGCCAUCUAGACCUUAUGACCAUAAGAUUGAACUGGUGAAAGAACAGGAACUGGGUUACAGUCCUAUUUACCGGUUAGGAUUAGAAGAAUUAGAAGCGGCAAAAGAAUAA